GCUUCUCGGUGGUCGUGACAAGCGCUGCCUGGGCUCCGCUGGCUCCGUAAUAACUGAGUGACCUUUUCUGGGCUGGAUUAGGUCUGGCUGGGAAGGGAUUGCAUGUUGCAGCUGCGAGAGCCGCGGCUUCCUCCAGCUCGGCUCCGCUCACGCUGCUGGGGUAAGUUGUCGGGAACAGGACGGAGAGAGCCAGCCUCGGACUGCAUGCACUUGCCUAAAAGGAGAACACCUGUGGCUCUGAUGCGGUCAACACCUUGCCUUGGCGGAUCCUGGAGGACCUGAUUAUUUUAAACUUAAAAAAAAAAAAAAAGAUUCCCUGCCCCCCCCCUUUUUUUCAAACAAUGCUUCUUUUUGACCUUUCCCAAGGAGAAACGCUACAAAGCAGCCACUGUGCUCAGUGAACGGCCUCCCCCUGUAUCGCUUCAUUGAGAAGGUAUACAAAUGCUCUCAGUCCAGCCAGACACCAAGCCGAAAGGUUGUGCUGGCUGCAACCGGAAGAUCAAGGACCGCUAUCUCCUAAAGGCACUGGACAAAUACUGGCAUGAAGACUGCCUGAAGUGUGCCUGCUGUGACUGUCGUUUGGGAGAGGUGGGCUCGACCCUGUACACUAAAGCUAAUCUUAUCCUUUGUCGCAGAGACUAUCUGAGGCUCUUUGGCGUAACUGGAAACUGUGCUGCCUGUAGUAAGCUCAUCCCUGCCUUUGAGAUGGUGAUGCGGGCCAAGGACAAUGUUUACCACCUGGACUGCUUUGCCUGUCAGCUUUGUAAUCAGAGAUUUUGCGUUGGAGACAAAUUUUUCCUGAAGAAUAACAUGAUCCUUUGUCAGACGGACUACGAGGAAGGUUUAAUGAAAGAAGGUUAUGCACCCCAGGUUCGCUGAUCUAGCAUCAUCACCCAGUUAAGAGUAUAAAGCACUACAUUCUUUUAUCUUUUUUGCUCCACAUGUAUAUAAAAAUUGACACAGGAACCUACUGAAUAGCGUAGAUAGAGGGAAGCAGGAUGGUUACAUGGAAUAAAAGGCGGACUGCAUCUGUAUGUAGUGAAAUUGCCCCAGUUCAGAGUUGAAUGUUUAUUAUUGAAGAAAAAAGUAAUGUACAUAUUGCUGGAUUUUUUUGCUUGCUAUUCGUUUUUGUGUCACCUGGCAUGAGAUGUUUAUUUUGGACUAUUGUAUAUAAUGUAUUGUACUAUUUGAAGCACAAAUGUAAUACAGUUUUAUUGUGUUACCA